AAUUAUAUGGCGUCUCACUUCAACCUGAAGCUAAACUACUCUCCUAACAUGGAAGCUCUGAAUAGAAUAAAAAAUAAAUUGCAUAAGAACCAGAGUCCUCUAAAAACAACUAAAAGAGUUAAAUAAAUCCUUCAUUAGUCCUUCAUACUUGCUAAGGUCCAGUCAGAGAAGAAGGAAGAGCACUGAAGAAAGGGAUGUCACACCUUCUAUCCAACUUCAUAGGUAUAGCAAACCUGAUAACAACUUAACAUAAAAAUAUACGAUCUGUUCGAUAGCAUUAAGGCUAAGAAAAGCAAACAUGUCAACAUAUUCAAACCUCAAGGGAAUCAACGGGUGAAAGUGUUCCCUCUGAAGCAGAUAAGCAUGGCCCCACUGAAUUUGAGUCAGGUUCAAGAAGAGAAUCGUACAGCAUCUAUAUUUCCAGGUAAUAAACUCACAAGACAAAGGAAUGCAAAUAUGAAACUUUUCAAAAGCUUGAAAAAAACAUACCACCCAAGAAAAGUAGGAGGGUCAGCUAUUAAGCACAGGAAUACUCAAAGCCAGUUCCGUGAUGACACCCUGAAUUACUUCCACAGAAGUUGCUUCCAAAUCAAUGAUGACGAGAAGUUGGAAAAUACAUGAAUUUCUUACAACCAAGAUUUUAAGAUUGAUGUUUCAAAGAGAUCUUUUAAUAUGACUUCAGAACCUAGAGCUUCGGUAAAGUCAAAGAACAAUAAGAAGCUAUUCGAAAAUAAAUUUAAUAAUAAUCUAACUCACCAGUCUUCAGAAAAGAAAAAACACUUGGAUUUGAGCUGAAUUGAGCAACAUCCAAAGAACUUUGGCACUCCAAACAAAAAUAUUAUUGGGAAAGAAUACCUUUGCUGAGACGCUCAAGUAUCUAUCAUCGGACCUUCACAUAGGAGGCGAAAUAUUCUAUCUAAAACCCAGGCUAAAUUCAACACGGACCAAGGUCUUUAAAGCAGUCCUAGACUAGUUCACCGCCAAAAUGGACUCUCUAUAC